AUGUCACUGACUCUAAAAGGUUCAGAAGUAUAUUCUGCAUCGUCCUUAUGGACAUCCACAAGUUCAGAGGUACAUCAGUCAUCGUCACUGGCAGUAGAAAGUUCAGAACCACACCUAUCAUCUUCACUGCGAAUGACAAGUUCAGAAACACACCAACUAUCUUCAUUGAAAGUAGAAAGUUCAGAACAACACCAAUCAGCUACACUGCGGAUGUCAAGUUUAGAAAUACACCCCUUAAUUUCACCACCACUGUCAAGUUUAGAAGUUUAUACAUCAUCUCCACUUACAGUGACAAGUCCAGAAUUACAGCAAACAUCUACACUGUCAAUUUCUAGUUCAGAAGUACAUAUCUUAUCUUCAUUGAAAGUAAUAAGCUCAAAAGAAGAUACCUCAAUGUCACCGACUUUAAAAGGUUCAGAAGUAUAUUCUUCAUCGUCCUUAUGGACAUCCACAAGAUCAGAGGUACAUCUGUCAUCGUCACUGGCAGUAGAAAGUUCAGAAACCACACCUAUCAUUCUUCAAACCUGCGAAUGCAAGAUUCAGAAACCACACCAACUAUUCUUUCAGUUGAAAAGUAGAAAAGUUCAAGACCUCACACCGAAUCAUGCUACACUGGCGGAUGUUCAAUUUCAAGAAGAGCUAUCUUCAUUGAGAGUAACAAGCUCAGGAGAAGAUACCUCAUCGUCAUUGACUGUAAAAGGUUCAGAAAUAUAUACUUUAUCAACAAGUUCAGAAGUACAUCUGUUAUCGGCACUGACAGAAGAAAGUUCAGAACUACAUCCAUCUUAUACACUACGAAUGACAAGUUCAGAAAUACAUCCCUUAAUUUCACCACCACUUUCAAGUUUAGAAGUAUAUACAUCAUCAUCACUGUCAGUAACAAGUUCAAAAAUAUAUUCAACACCCACACUGUCAAUAACUAGUUCAGAAGUACAUCAACUAUCUUCACUGACAAUAGAAAGUUCAGAACCACACCCAUCAUCUACACUGCGGAUGUCAGGUGUAGAAAUCCAUCCCUUAAUUUCACUGCCAUCUUCAAGCUUAGAAUUAUAUACACCAUCAUCACUGACAGUAACAAGUUCAGAACUACAUCCAACAUCUUCACUAUCAAUAACUAGUUCAGAAGUACGUCAAUCACCUCCACUAAAACUCAUAAGUUCGGAGAUACAUUUAAAAUCUUCAUUGCCAUCGACAAAUCCGGAAAUACAUUUAUCAUCUUUAUUUUCACUGCAAAGUAGGGAACCAGUUCAACACAUGCCUUUGCCUCUUACAAAGUUGGAAAUACUUCAACCAUCCACAUCAGAACUACUAUCUUUAACAUCAACUGUAUUGAAUGUAACAGAGAUGGGGGAAAGAUUAAUGCCAACCUCUAUAUCAUGGUCACCAACGUCACCUUCAUCAUCGUCGCCAACAUCCUCAUCAUCUUAUGCAUCAUUAGCGCGUCCUUCGUCAUCAUCAUCAUCAUCGCCAUCUUCGCCACAGUCGUCCUCGCACACACAAUCUUCAUCACCGUCAUCAAUCGAGUAUUUCACACCGUCAUCUCCAUCGGCAACAAACUCUUCACAUUCAUCGGAAACCAAAUAUUACACUUUAGACCCAAUAACAGAAAUGUUUAACACAGAUGAGUGGCCAGAUUGGUUUAAGUCAUUUGUAGAAAGUUCUACAUCAUUCAUGACAUCUGUAUUUUCAGAAACAUCUCCGGAAAUAACGACAGACAGAACACAAUAUGACACUUCUUCUGCACAGAAAACCACAAAAGAUGUAAACAUAUCAUCCUCGCUUGAAUUUUUCCAAAAUGAAACGUUUUCAACACUGUCAACGAGCGCUUCCAAAACGGACAUUACAGAAGAAUCUCUGCAUAAUAUUACUACAGCAUCAGUAAGUACAACAUUUACUCCUUCUGCAUUAUCAGAAACUGCGCUGACAUCAACUAAACUUUCUACAACAAUAGUAAGUAAAUUAUUCUCUUCAGUAAAUACGACAUCAACAUCUGAGUCAGAAAUUACAGAGCAUGCCGUUAAUAAAAGUCUUGCUAUAGAUGAAAGUACUGCCUCGACAGAUAAUAUCAAUGCUGAUGUAUCAAAGAAUUAUUCAACCCACGAAAUUCAUUCAACAACAGGCACACCGUUAUCGAUAACUCCUGAAACAACUUCCCCAAUUGUUAAAGAUACUCGGCACACAACGGAAACAACUCAUAUAUCAAAGGAAACGCUAUCAGUUUCCCCUGAAACAAUUGAAGAAACUACAAAAGUAAAUGCACUUAAGACUUCAAUAGGAAGUGCACUUUCGUCAUUGCAAACAAAAUAUUCAUCAGCAACACCUGAAAGUAAUAGGACGUCAGUUGGUGUGGAUUCUUCGAUACCUUUCCAUUCUUCUUCAGUUACGUCUUUAAACACAACUUUGUCGGAGAGUGUGACACCUUACUCUAGGUACACUUCACCAGCAACAAUUGGAAACAGUACAACACUAACGAAUGGUACAUCUUUUAUGAAUCUUACCACUCAAUCAACGACAGUUUCUAGUUCUUUUACACCAGGAGUUGUUAAUUCCUCUUCAUCCCGUAUUUCUUCGUCAAUGAUAGCUGAACGCAUUAGCACAUUGGGAGGUGUAGUGGUUUCUUAUAAUAAUCACACUUUAUCAACUCCUAGACAUAUGUAUUUUUCGGUAGAUAACACAACUAUACCGCCGACAACAAAAAAGCCGUUUAUAAAAUUUGGAACAAUUUUGACACAAGUAUCUGAAAGUGACAGAAAUAAAUCAGAAAAUCUCAUUCGAGAACAAACUACCACAGCUGCAUCUGUUUCUUCCCUAGCAUCUCAAACAACUCGUAAAUUGUCCGUUAUCAGACAUAAAACUGAUUUAACUUCCAAUAAUACUUAUCCUAAUCCUAGAAAAGAAACUUUCGAAUAUAUAAGAAAUACUAAAGUCACUAAAGGUAAAGCGAAACUGUCAUUCAAAAAAAUCAAAGUCACAGUAAUAAGAACGUAUGAAGAAGGAAAACGAAUUGUUUACCAGACGUACCAGAAGGUGAAAGACAUAGCAACGACUGUUGUCGUGACAACAUAUGAAAACUCAAGAAAACUUUUGGAACAAGCGUUGCAAAGAGUUGAAGCAUUAUGGCAAUAUUGUAAAACCGGAAUAGACCACUAUAUUGUGAAACCACUUCUAAAUGCUCGAGUCUUAGUGAAAAAUAAAUUUGAACAGACGUAUUCGCGAUUGAAUGAAAUAUUCAAUAGGGGUAAAACGAUAUUAAAACAAACUACAAAUGACGUGCGUGCAGAGGCAUCUAAAUAUUUUGACAGUUUAGCUAAAUACUACACAGAUGUGUAUAGACAAUAUUCUACAGAAGUGAGAGACAUUUUUGAGUCAUUGAAAGUUCCGGACAGCUAACACUGUUUACAAGUAAAAUGCAUUACAUAGCUUUAAAGAAUGAAUAGUUCUUUUAAUUGGCCAUUGGUAAAUUACCUACAAAAUAAUACGCCAUCUGGAUUUUUCAGUAAUAACCCGUCUAGAAAAAAAUCAAUUUAGGAAAUAUGGUCAUAUCCAGUAAUAUUUACAGAUAUAAUAACAAAGAAUUCAAUGCUAAGAUAUACCAUGUAAUAAAAAGAGAGGUAAUUAUAUUCGGUCUAUCAGGUAGAAAACAGGCCUAUACAUAUUUCGGAUAGAUGCUCAGCUGUAUUUUCCUGUAU